AUGGCACCCAAAGACCGCACCUCCGAAUUCCACAGUACCCUCAACUCUAUCAAAUCCCGCUCUGCCGUCCCCCUCAGCCGGGCCAACAACAGUAAGGGGAAACAGGCCGAUAGGGAGGCGAGGCAGCCGUUGCUCGGUAAUGGCGCAUCUGGCGCAGGAACUGGGGCAGGGGCAAAGGGUGCAGGAGGGGCAGGAGGAGGAGGAGGGGCAGGGGGAACGAAGAGUGAAUUUGGGAGGAUGGCGGGGGCGAUAGCGAAAGAUAUUAAUACGACGACUAUGAAGUUGCAGAAGCUUGCGCAGCUCGCCAAACGCAAGACCCUCUUCGACGACCGCCCCAUCGAGAUAUCCGAACUCACCUACAUCAUCCGCCAAGACAUUGCCUCCCUCAACACCCAAAUCGCCUCUCUCCAAUCCUACACCCGAUCCCAAAAACCAGCAUCCUCCAAGAACGCGAACGCAGGCAAGCAGGUGGAAGAGCAUAAUAGCAAUGUGGUAAUGUUGUUGCAGAGCAGGUUGGCGACUAUGGGCAUGGGGUUUAAGGAUGUGUUGGAGUUGAGGACGCAGAAUAUGAAGGCGAGUAAGGAUCGGACGGAGCAGUUUAUGCACACGGCUGCGAGCAGUAGUGUACCGGCGCCUGCUGAGAACUCGCUUUUGUUUUCGCAAUCCGGCAAAGGCAAAUCCCGCGCUGCGACUCCCAACCCACCGAAUGGAGGCCAUUCCAACACGGCACAAGAAGGCGCCGAUUUCCUCGCUCUGGACAUUGACGGCGAUAGAGGCGAGAGCGGUGUCAUGCGGGGUGAUUAUCAACAAAUGCAGCUCGUCGAACAACAAGACUCAUACAUCCAAUCCCGCUCCACCGCCAUCGAAUCCAUCGAAUCCACCAUCGCCGAGCUCGGCGGCAUCUUUUCCCAGCUCGCCAACAUGGUCGCCGAGCAGCGCGAUACGGUGGAGCGCAUCGAUGCGGAUACGACAGAUAUAGCGGCGAGUGUGAGCGGGGCGCAGAGGGAGCUGUUGAAGUAUUAUGCGAGUGUGACGAGUAAUCGGUGGUUGAUGUUGAAGAUUUUUGGGGUGUUGAUCAUCUUUUUCCUUGUGUUUAUUCUUGUAUCAUAA